AUGGCACCAGUCCCAGCAACAGUCCUCCGCGCCCUCUCUCUCCCCGACCCCUCCAAAGCCAGCCUCUCCACCUCAGGCCUAGGCUCCGGUUUCACCAGUACAGGCGCCAUCCGCGCCACAGUCCCCUCCCAAGAUGGAAGCGGCGAAGAAGAACGCCGCUACUUCGUCAAAACCUCCUCCGACGGCAAAGCCGCCGAGGAGAUGUUCCGCGGCGAAUACGAGUCCCUAAACGCAAUCGCAACCUCGGUACCAGGUUUCUGUCCGCGAGCCCUCGCCUGGGGACCACUGGAAGAACAGAAAGGGAAGGGCUUCUUCCUUGCGACAGAGUUUCUGGAUCUCGGUGGCGGGGGUAGGCGAACGGGGGCGUCUCUCGCGCAGAGGCUGGGGAGGUUACAUUCGACGCCUGCGCCUGUUGAUCCCGAGAGUGGGAAGAGGAGGUUUGGGUUCCCAGUUCCGACGUUUUGUGGGGAUACGAAGCAGCCGAAUCGGUACUGUGAUUCGUGGGCGGAUUUCUAUGCUAAUGAGCGCUUGAUGACUAUUUUGGAGGAAUCAGAGAAGAGGAAUGGGAAAGAUGCUGGGCUACGGGAUCUUGUUGAGCGGACGGCGAGGACGGUUGUGCCUAGAUUACUUGGUGAUGGCCAUUUGGGGUUUGAUAAGGAUGGGAACGGCGAGGGUAUUACACCUGUGGUGAUUCACGGGGACCUCUGGAGUGGGAAUGCAGCCAGUGGUAGCAUUGUGGGCAGUGGUCGUAAGGACGAUGAAGAGGGCGGGGAGGUUGUCUACGAUCCGUCCGCUGUGUACGGACACAGUGAGUUUGAGUUGGGAAUUAUGAACAUGUUUGGAGGCUUUGGGUCGACAUUCUUCAAUGCGUAUCAUAAGAUCGUGCCGAAGACGGAGCCAGUGGAAGAGUAUGAUGAUCGGGUGCGGUUGUACGAGCUAUACCAUCACCUAAAUCACCAUGCCAUCUUUGGCGCCGGAUAUCGCUCAGGAGCUACUUCGAUCAUGCAGAGGCUGAUUAAGAAGUAUGGGGAAUAG